AAUUUCGGAACGGAGCCUGGGUUAGGUAUGUUAGGUUAGAUUUAAUAAAAAAGAAAUCCUAAUUUGCAUUGUUUACACUUGUGCAAAGUAAACAAGCAGUAAAAUGAUCUGAUUUGCUUACAGUGAUAUUUUACAUUGUUACGUGCUGUAUAAUGUGUACUUGGUGUAAUCGAUGUAAAAUUGUGACAAUUCUAGUUAAUGAUAUUAUAUGAAUUUCAAACUCAAUCUGAAUCUCAAAGAUGUUUUAUCUCAGGACAAGGUUCCCAAAAAUAUUGUUCAAUGCGGCUUUAGGAUUAAUAUUUACAAUGUGUUUUUGUGAACAUUUUAUAUAUUAUAUAGUACUUGUACAGUGCAGAUGGCCUAUUUUAGAUCCUAGAAAAGAAGAUUUGACUGUAUCGCAGACAGAACCGAUUGAUAAACCUGUAAGAGCUAUGUUUAUUGCAGAUACUCACUUGUUAGGUUCUAGAGAAGGUCAUUGGUUUGAUAAAUUGCGAAGGGAAUGGCAAAUGUAUAGGGCUUUCCAAACAAUGAUGACAAUACACAAACCAGAUAUAGUUUUCAUAUUGGGUGAUAUUUUUGAUGAAGGACAAUGGUGUAGUUUAAAAGAAUUUGAGAAUUACAUACAGAGAUUCCACUCCUUGUUUUAUACACCUAAGAACACAUAUCUUUAUGUUGUUGCUGGCAAUCACGACAUGGGAUUUCACUAUGCGAUUACGCCAUAUCGUAAUGAGCGUUUCAUUAAUGGGUUGAAAAGCCCGACUGUACGACGAGUGAGUAUAAGAGACAAUCAUUUUAUAUUGAUUAACAGUAUGGCAUUAGAAGCAGAUGGAUGUUUUCUAUGCAAGCCCACGGAAUUUGCAGUGAACAAAAUAGCCAAAGAUCUAAAAUGUGCGAGAAAGAUGAGCAAUUAUUGUAACAAUGCAAGCUUAAUUUCUAGAUACAGCAGGCCUAUAUUGUUACAACACUAUCCAAUGUAUCGAGAAUCCGACGAAAUCUGCAACGAAUUGGAUCAGGCACCCGAUGACAUAAAGGGUAUCAAAUUCCGCGAGCGAUGGGAAUGCCUGUCGAAGGAAGCAUCAGAACAACUACUGGAUAUUUUGAAUCCGCGACUAAUCGUCGCUGGCCACACUCAUCACGGCUGUAGAAGGAUACAUCGAGACGACAUCCUGGAAUUUACAAUCCCGUCUUUCAGCUGGCGUAACAAAGUGAACCCGUCCCUCUUGAUGGCUAUCGAUGAGAUGGAGCAGAGGGAUCUGCCACAGGCGUUCCGUCUGCUGGGGGAGAUGAACGCCAAUGUCCUGCAGGUGAACCAGCUGGUGGAUAAUAUGCUGGUCCGCGUGAAAAACGGCGAGAUCUCCACGGACAAAGGUCUCAGUUUCUUGGAGAUGAAAUAUCACAUGUUGCUCUCCUAUCUUAUAAACCUGACCUACGUGGUGCUGAGAAAGUGUUCCGGGGAACGCGUCGAGGAUGAUCCUUCAAUCGAUCGUCUGAUCGAGAUCAGGACCGUCCUGGAGAAAAUCCGACCAAUAGAUCACAAGCUUAAGUACCAAAUAGAUAAGCUUGUCAAGACUGCUGUAACUGGUACCAUUAACAGCGAUGAUCCCAGCAACUUCAAAGCCAAUCCUGACGCCUUGGUCGCCAAGCUGGACAGCUGCAAUGAGGAGUCUGACAGCGAGCAGGAGGAGGAGACAGAAGGCUUUAAGUCAACACAGCCUAGGAAGUCGAAUGUCUAUGUGCCACCCAAACUCGUUGCAGUACAUUAUGACGGUGAUGAGACAAUGGCGGAGAAAAUUCGCAAAGCCGGCGAGAGAGCUCGCAGACGCGCCGUGUCUAACACAGUUCUACGGGAGCUGAAGGAAGAAUAUCUGGACGCGCCUGUGGAAGAUAGCCAAGGCUUGAGCGAGAAGCAAGCGAUUCUGGGACGCGAGAAUAAGCGGAAAAUCGAGUAUGAGGAAAAUUACAUGACGCGCCUGCCGGUGACUAAGCAAGAGAAACACAGGCGUCGUCAGAUGACGACUUUAGGCACUCUCGGCGACGAGAUCACCACUUUCGGGGAGUCAUCUGCCAAGUCUGCUAAAAAGAGAAAAGCUCAGAAAAAAGGCAAAGCUAAAAAGAGUUUCAAGAAAAAACGGCAUCACUAAGAUGGCUUUGGGACGACGCGAGAGCCCAGUUUCAUACAGCAUUAACGAUUAAGGUAAAAGGCAAAAAAGAAAAAAAAUUUACUUCUGACUUCUUCUCGACAAAAGCAGAUGCCACUAAUACUCGUUGCUAAGUUAAGCUAAAUAACUCGUAACAUCUUAGUAAUUAAAAAGAAAAAAAAGAAGACAACGUGUCGACGGUGGAGUAAAAAUAGCACGAUGGUAAUUUAUUACUGUAUAAGACAUACUAAUGGUCGUGUAAUUGAUAAUUAUAGUUAAUAAUGAUUUUAAUCUUUAACUGUUGUCUGAAAGAUCAAUUUUGAUCUGCGGAGUCCGCACGGUCCGCCGAACGUGAGGACGGUUCACUCUUUCGAGAUGAAAGACGCGGUAACGAGAUGUCGUGAACGGGCACACACGAGCUUAAACAAAACGGAAAUUAAUGUGUCGCAUAGCGUAAUUAUAUUAAACACGUUAGGAUCGAGUUGGCGGAUCACGGCUCCAAGAUCGAAAAUUGUGAAUUACACGUAAAAGUUGAAAGCAGAACAUUUUUCUGCUUUAUUUUGAAAUAUUCUCCAGCUAUAUAGGGAAAAGAGGAAAAAGAGGAUGGAGGAAAUGAGGAAGGGAAGAGAAGAUUGGUAAACAUAGCGGGAGAGACGAUAUUGAAUUAAUUGUUAACAGAAGCGUAAAAAUCACAAGACAUUCCAAAAAAAAGAAAAGGGGAGGAACCGCAGAAGUUAGAAAACUCGGGAUUCAGAAAACAAAAAACGAAAAAAAAAUAAGUAAGAUAAGACGAAGAACAUUCUCUAGAACUGCACGCACUCGGCGCAACUUCCGAAGGAAAAAUUAACUAAGAGAAAAGUAAAAAAGUAAAAAAAAAAAAGAAAAGCAAAAACGAUAACUUCGUCGUGCGAUAUCGCAUGUCUUAGGAUUUUCUCGCUGUCUUAGAGGUAGUGAAGUAGUUACUAGUUUUACUAUUAUACGUAUGUUUCGUUUGUGUUUUUCCCCUGGUGAAACUGUUGAGGCUAUUAUAUCUCGAUGUGAGUCAUGUUUUUACGUUAAGUCUCAUUUCUCGGUUUCCUUACUUUUUUAUUUACAAUGUGCUUGUGCAUUGUAUCUGUUGUUUUCGUUUAAACGUAAUUAUUAGGUGUAUAACUCUUGGGUUGAGUCGUUAAACUUAUAUUGAUGGUAAUAUAAGGAUAACACGAGCGUGUCAAAAUUCAAAAUUGUCGUCAAUUUCUCGAAUUUGAUUUCAAUUGACUGCGUUUGUUUUUCUCGGGGAGGGGGAGCCUGUCACAUAUCAUAUAUAACGGAUAUAAACCGAUGAACGAAGACUAGGGCGAAAAUCACUUCUGCAACGAUAAAUAAGAUAUUUGUACAAUCAAACCGCGCGCGGGAACCGGGAUCGUUGCCGUCGCCGCUGUCGUCAUCAUCAUCAUCAUCGACGACGACGACGACGUCGUCGUCGUCUUCGGCUCGGUUCCCCCGUGCUUAAAUAGGUUGGAUUUUUUUAACGUUGUUAAAAUGUGGGUGCGCCUCUCGUGUCGGAGGCGUCCCAGUGAAAUGUUCCUUUCUAAUGUAGUGAAAGAGUCGAAUAAGCGCGAAGGAGAAGGGCGACAAUUGUUCUAUGCAGAUCGAGUGCGUUAGAUACGUAUAUGUUAGUAGCCAUUGCUCAUACAUGCAGAAGUGAUCCCGCAUUACCUUCAAAGGAGUAAACUAAUUCGCUGUAUGCUGGCCGGGGGCUCAACCAUCCAUAGAUAUUAUAUUUUUUACAGAAGUGUUCAUAGAUUGAGCCAACUUGGCGCGGCGACGAUGUCACACGCGCCCCCUCUUUUCGCAAUCUGUGAGGACGAUUUAAAGAAAAAAAAAAAAAAGAAGAAGAAGAUGAAAAACUAAAAAAUGUGAUAAAUUAUUCAUGAAAUAAUAGUUAAAGAGAACUUAACAAAAUAGCACAAUCGCUGGGCAUUAUUUACAAGUGCUAGCAAGCCUAAUGUCAGCAGCCUUGUCGUAUUUGGUAAAAGAAAAAAAAAAGAUGAAGUUUAUGAAAACGCCGAAUCGCGGACGGAUCAUCGAUCGCUGACUCGAACGACACUAAUGAACGCCCCUCGUCCAUCGCGAUGCUGCGCGACAACGCAAUUUUUUCGAUAUCGAGACGUUGUCCUAACACACGCAUACACACAUACACACAUAUACAUACGCAUGCACACACGCACACAGAAUCCGUCCGACAUUCGGCCUUCCUCAUACUCCACGCAUAGACGAUAAUUUUUGAAACACACCUACGAGCGACGCAGCCGGCGAGCCCAAAACUUUCUCCGAAUGGACAGAGCUGUUACCGAUAAGUGUUUUUUAUAUUACAACACAAAUAUCUCCACGAAGUUUCGAUUUACUGCCGUGUACGGGGCGACCUCCCGUAUAAUAGAAUAUUUUGCAAUAGAAACAUUGAACGUUUACUCGAUCUCGCUCUACGAGGCCUCUACGAUAGUUUGUAUUCGCUGUUUUUCUCGCGGCAUGCACGUGUACGCACACAUACACACACACGCGCGCGCGCGUUUUGGGCUCGCGGUCGCAGUGCGUAGGUGUGAAGGAGUAUUCAUACGAUACACAUAUCCACACGCAACAUAUAGCAGCAAGGUAAUAGGAUUACAUUGAAUACACUACCUCAAAUCAAUAGAAAUAUGGAUUUACAGUAAUGGAAUCACCGCGGCGGUCUCGCUCGCGUCAUCGUAAACGCAGUCUCCUUUCUGUUUUGCAAUUCAACACCGACCGGCCACUGAGAUUCUUUUCAUGGAACAUUUUUAAUUAGAGCUUCGUUGAGGAGCGGAUUUAUUCGUCUCCGGAUACGAGUUCUUGCCUACCUGUAUUAAAGAAAGAAAGAAAGAAAGGAAGAGUGUCAGAAUGAAAGAGAGAGAGAGAGAGAGGAGAAAAAGACCUAGUUGAAGUGUACAAAUAAAUAAAUAAAUAUAUAUAUAGAAAAGAGAUGCGAGCGUGGCCGCUGCUACGGGCUUUAAAAGUAGUCCUUCAAAUCCAACAACGCUGCCGAAUGCCGAACUGCAAAAAAAAAGAAAGAAGUAUCAAGAUAUCUUUGCAGCAAAGAGAGGGAGAAAGACGAGAGAGAAAGAGAGAGAGAGAGACGAGAUAGGAUUGAUUUAUUGACUACAUUCAUAGUCUUGUGAGGAUGUACGAUGUUUGAUUUUUAUAUCGGUGAAAUUUUUGUGUAAUUUUAUGUAUACUAAUAAAAAAAAAAAAUAUGACAAUUCAACGUGUGAGCGAGAGCGAUUGAGAGAACGGAGAGCGCGCGAGUAAUAGAGAGAGGAGAGAAAGAGUUUACCUGUACAUUUACAAAGUGGUUAUUACGAAUGAAUUAUUAUGAUUAUCUAUUAUUAUUAUUGUCACGGAUUAUACUAUGAUUAUUAUUAUCAUCAUGUAGAAUGCUUCUUACUGACUGAAUAAAAUGUUUUCAAUGUCA